UCAGAUAUCAAGUACAUUUCAACACACGACAACAUGGCGAUUGCCAUUAUGAAUCCAAAUGUGUCAGUGAUAUCAUCCAUUUGCGUAUUAAUAUAUCAAAUUGGAAUAGUGUACGGGACUGGGCCUUUGUGUAUGGAAUGUCAAAGAGAAGCAGUUCCCUCAUCAUGUGAUACAGUAGUUCAAUGUGGGCCGCACGAGAAAUGUUUGCUUCGACAAUAUGAAAAUGAGCGUGGGAUGGUGUUAUACCAAAGUGGAUGUGUUGAUUCUAUGCAAUGUGCCAACUUUGCUACCAACAGGACAGCUGUACGACGGUCGACUAAACGUGAAGUAACACUGUGUUUCGAAUGUUGUGAUGACGACUACUGUAACUCAGGAGGAUGUAAUGCCCCGGGAUUCUCGGCGAUAAAAGGACACCCACCAGUAUGUUUUAUGUGUCAAGACGUUAAAAGUCCGGACGAAUGUAGACACAUCGACCGCUGUGGAACCGGAGAAGUGUGUUACAUACAUAAUAUUUCACCAGGGCAUUACCAGAUGGGAUGCAAGGCAACACAGAGCUGCCAGAGUAUGCAUUCUCACAACAGCUGUACUGCUUGCUGUACUUCUGACUUCUGUAACAGACAGUGUCAUACUUCAUCAGGCCACCACCACCAGAACCACGUGACAACUGUAGAACCAGCCCAUAUUGUAACUACACCCACCAUAGGUACAACCAUACAACCACUUCUACGAUGUUUCGUGUGUCCGGAAAGUAACGACCCGAACUGUCACUUCCAUCACAUAUGUCCACAGGAUCAUGUGUGUUACAGUAGCAUUCAGAGUCAGCCGAACAACGACCAUAGCUACGUGUUCCAAUGCAAGCACAAAGCGGAAUGUCCGCUUGAUUCCAAAUAUACAGACUGGGUUGUAAUUGGACGUCGCACUCAGACAGACAAUGAAGGUUACUGUUGUUUCUCGGAUGACUGUAACUAUCUCCCACCUACUGUGACUCGGUUACAUACAACGCCUAUAACCAGCAGUAUGCCUAGAAUAACCGAUGUUGGGCCUCUACUGAAAAAUACAACAUACGGUGUUAAUGUUGGUUUACAUUGUUCUGCUACUGGAUCCCCACCUCCGUCCAUCCACUGGGACGUGCCACUACCUCUUCCGUCGCCAUCAAACUAUGUCCGGGCGUCCAUGGCGGACUUAAUCAUCUGGCGAGUGACAAGUGAAAAUGCGGGAUUCUACACGUGCGUCGCUACAAACGAAAACGGAAUCGACUCGCAGACUAUAAAAUUAACUGUGGCAUAAUGUCGUGAUGAUAACACCGAAAAUAUUUGUAUUUGAUGUUAAACGAAAAAUAAAAUAUUUUUUCUGUAA